UGUCAGACUUUAGCAGACUCUCUCUGUCAGACUCUAGCAGGCUCUCUCUGUCAGACUCUAACAGGCUCUCUCUGUCAGACUCUAGCAGGCUCUCUCUGUCAGACUCUAGCAGGCUCUCUCUGUCAGACUCUAGCAGGCUCUCUCUGUCAGACUCUAGCAGACUCUCUCUGUCAGACUCUAGCAGACUCUCUCUGUCAGACUCUAGCAGGCUCUCUCUGUCAGACUAUAGCAGGCUCUCUCUGUCAGACUCUAACAGACUCUCUCUGUCAGACUCUAGCAGACUCUCUCUGUCAGACUCUAGCAGGCUCUCUCUGUCAGACUCUGUCAGACUCUCUCUAUCAAGGUCAGCUCUGCCCCAUUAUAAAAUAUAAGAUAAAUAUGAUAUGA